AAUGAUACCAACACCAACACCAACACCAACUGAUCAAGAUCCAUCAUACUCCAUCUCUCAAUCACAACCACAACCACAACCAACACCAUCAUCAACAUUUAAAAGUUCUCAACACAUUUGUCGAUUUAUCACAACCGAUCCGAUUCCUCAACUUAAAGCAACAGUUUCAAUUCAAGAUAAUUGGUUAAUCUCAUCACUUAUUGAAAAAAUUCAAUCUACUAUCAUUUCUGAAACUUCAAAUUUAGAUUUCAAUACAUCAAUCUCUUCAAGUUCUCCUACUCAUAGACUUAUUCUUGAACAAGAUGGAACUAGACUUCCAUCUAAUGAAUUAUGUUCUAUUGUUGAUAGGGCUGUCAUCAUUUGUGUUCAAAUCAUUCCUAACCUGAGUCCUAUCAGAGCUCUACUUCCUAGCCCACCAUUCUCUACUUCUACACCAAUAAACCCAUUAAACCAAUCAUCAAGACUGAUCCCAAAUCUUUCAGUUCCUUUAAACCAUCGACUGAUUUGUGCAUCUUUACCACAACUUUCUUCAAAUUUACCAACACCAUCACAAAGUCAAAGAACUCAAGAAACGAAUUUGAUACCUAAGAUUGAAGAUUCAUUAGAAAGUUCAUUUGUAAGAUCUCAUAUUGAAGCUUUUCGAAAAUCUGCUGCACGUCAUUAUCAAACUUCAUCUGAUUCAUCUAGUCAUUCACCAGAAAGAAGAUUGACUGAAACAGGAGAUGAAGAAGAGGAUUAUAAACCAAAGAAGAAGAAAAUCAGAUUUGAUAAACUUACUAAAGAAUCUAGUCGAAAGAAAUCGAGAAGAAGUUCUACAAUGAAAGUGGAUAAAGGAAAACAAAGAGAUUCGAGUUGUUCUAUUACACCCGAGAUUUCUAGAUCAUCAUCAAGCCCAAAGGAGAACAUGAAAAGAUCUAGUACAUUGAUUUGUGUUAAAAUUCCAUAUGUUGAAACCAAGAAACCUGACUCAUCAAGAUCAAUAAAACCCGAAUCACCAAAAGCCAGUCCAAGUGAAUCCAAACCAAUCAUAUUGGAUUCAUCAUCCUCUAACAAAUUUCCAAUCACUCCAAUCAUUCGUAGCAGUAAACGAUCGAUUUAUGAAAUUUAUAUGACUGAUUUAACAUUUAAAGCAGCUUCAAGUCAAGGUCCAUUACGUAUCCCACCAUCUAAUCAAGGAUUAAAUCCGAGUUGUACAAUCACACAACUUUCAAAACAUUUAAGAUUAGAAAAACAUCAAAGUUGGAAAAUCAAAAUUGGUUCAAAAUUUUGGAUUAAUCAUCGUGAUCAUGAUCAUGAUCAAGAAAGUUCAGUGAAUCAUGAGAUGCAACCCAUUGGUUUGGGAAAUCAAAAAAGAAGAUCUACUUCUGAUUCAACUAUGGUCAUGAAAGAUUGGGAUCUAAGUUUAGGAAUACUGGGGGUUUCUCCAUUAAAGUUGUUCAAGAGAUUCGGAUUGUUCAAAAAGAGUUUCCCAAGAUCGAAGUUUCCGUAAUUGGGAUAUGUAAAGAUCAACCAGUCUUGAAGUUUUAAUUUUUAUGAUGAUGAUUAUCUAUUGCUUAAAAAUCUAUCAUUGGUAAGAUGAGAUAAUAGAAUUUGUAAUCCUAUAAUUUUGUGUUUGCAAAUCGUAUCUAAUUCAUU